AGUCCCGGCAGGGCCCGGGCCCCGCCCCCUCAGGCUCCGCCCUGCUCCCGUGCGCUGAACGCCCCAUAUCCGGGUUCCCGCCGCCUUCGCCGCCGCGGUCUUCGCCGCUUCGCUCAUUCAGCCUUGCCGGGAGUGGAGUGAUUCCCGAGCAAGAUGGCGGCCGUGGGACGAGUCGGCUCCUUCGGUUCCUCUCCGCCGGGAUUAGCCUCGACUUACACGGGCGGUUCCUUGACCAACGAACUAGCGUCUGGCAACGGCGGCGCCGCAGCAGGCGACGACGAGGACGGGCAGAACCUUUGGUCCUGCAUCCUCAGCGAGGUCUCCACCCGCUCGCGCUCCAAGCUCCCCACGGGGAAGAACGUGCUGCUGCUGGGUGAAGAUGGAGCUGGAAAAACAAGCUUAAUAAGAAAAAUUCAGGGAAUCGAGGAGUACAAGAAAGGAAGAGGAUUGGAAUAUUUGUACUUAAAUGUGCAUGAUGAAGACAGGGAUGAUCAAACAAGAUGUAAUGUGUGGAUCUUAGAUGGAGACCUGUAUCACAAAGGCCUCCUUAAAUUUUCACUGGAUGCCAUCUCCCUGAAGGACACUCUAGUUAUGCUUGUUGUUGAUAUGUCAAAGCCUUGGACUGCUUUGGAUUCUUUACAGAAAUGGGCAAGUGUUAUUAGAGAACAUGUUGACAAAUUGAAAAUCCCUCCUGAAGAAAUGAAAGAAAUGGAACAAAAGCUGAUUAGAGACUUCCAAGAAUAUGUAGAGCCAGGAGAAGACUUCCCAGCUUCUCCACAGAGAAGAAAUACCACAUCACAGGAAGACAAAGAUGACAGUGUAGUUUUACCUCUGGGUGCGGAUACACUCACACAUAACUUGGGCAUUCCAGUACUAGUAGUUUGCACAAAGUGUGAUGCCAUUAGUGUAUUGGAGAAAGAACAUGACUACAGAGAUGAACAUUUUGAUUUUAUUCAGUCACAUAUCCGGAAGUUUUGUUUACAGUAUGGUGCAGCACUUAUUUACACUUCAGUAAAAGAAAACAAAAAUAUAGACUUAGUAUAUAAAUACAUUGUUCAGAAACUAUAUGGAUUUCCCUAUAAGAUUCCUGCUGUUGUUGUGGAAAAGGAUGCAGUAUUUAUUCCAGCAGGGUGGGAUAAUGAUAAGAAAAUAGGAAUAUUACAUGAAAAUUUUCAAACAUUAAAAGCAGAAGAUAAUUUUGAAGACAUCAUAACUAAACCUCCUGUCCGAAAGUUUGUGCAUGAGAAGGAAAUUAUGGCAGAAGAUGACCAAGUGUUUCUUAUGAAGCUUCAGUCCCUUUUAGCAAAGCAACCACCAACUGCAGCUGGAAGGCCUGUGGUCAGUCAGAAGCCUGUCCUAGAUGUUCAUGCAGAACUAGACAGAAUUACACGAAAACCAGUUACAGUUUCUCCUACAACACCUACAUCUCCUACGGAAGGGGAAGCUUCCUGA